AUGUUCGAAAAGUCAUUAACAGACCUAAUUCGCGGCAUUCGCGCAAAUAAGAAAAACGAACAGAAAUAUAUUGCGGCUUGUAUACAAGAAUGUCGUCAAGAGGUUAAAAAUAAUGACCCCGAUGUAAAAGCGACAGCUAUUUUAAAGUUAACUUAUCUUCAAAUGCAUGGAUAUGAUAUGUCCUGGGCAUCAUUUAAUGUCGUUGAGGUUAUGUCCUCAGCAAAAUUUCUUCAGAAAAGAUCAGGGUACUUGGCUGCCACACAAUCAUUUCGGCAGGAUACCGAUGAUCUUGCUUCAGGCAAUCAUCUUGAAGUAGGAGUUGCGCUUAAUGGCUUAGCUCAUAUAGUAACACCAGAUCUUGCUCGUGAUCUAUGUCAAGAUUUGGUUUCAAUGCUUAACCAUUCUCGUCCAUAUGUGAGGAAAAAAGUUGUUCUCGUUCUAUAUAAACUUUUCCUUAAAUAUCCCGAAGCUCUAAGGUUAAGCUUCCCAAGAUUAAAGGAAAAAUUAGAUGAUCCAGAUCCAUCGGUCGUAUGUUCUGUUGUCAAUGUGAUUUGUGAAUUGGCAAGGAAAAAUCCAAAAAAUUAUUUAUCACUUGCACCUCAAUUAUUUAAAAUAUUAAAUACAUCUUCAAAUAACUGGAUGCUGAUUAAAAUUAUUAAAUUGUUUGGAGCAUUAACGCCACUUGAACCUAGACUUGCCAAAAAAUUAUUACCGUCAGUCACACAACAAAUACAGACAACACAGGCCAUGUCACUUUUGUAUGAAUGUAUACAUACAGUCAUAACAGGUGGAAUGUUAAAUUUUAGUGGAAGUUCUGAUACAUUGGCUGCUAUGUGCGUCAAUAAGCUGAGGAUAUUUCUAGAAGAUCCAGAUCAAAAUUUAAAAUAUGUGGGACUUUUAGCAUUAGCCAAAAUUCUCCCAACUCAUCCAAAAUUAGUUUCAGAACAUAAAGAUAUAAUUUUGAAAUGUAUUGAUGACCUUGAUAUUAGUAUUAGAUUACGUGCUUUGGACUUAGUCGUUGGCAUGGUUAACAAGAAAAAUUGCUCAGACAUUAUUAAGCGACUGAUGGCACACCUUUUACCAUCAAGUACUUCUGACCCAUCAACAAGUUAUCCACCCCCAUCCACGUUACUUGAGCCUGCUUACCGGGCUAAUAUUAUAAAUCGUAUUAUUUACAUUUGUUCUCAAAAUUCGUAUAGUAACAUCUCGAAUUUUGAAUGGUAUAUUGCUGUCUUGGUAGAUUUGACUUAUGUAGCUGAAGUAAAUGUCGGAGAACUAUUAGCCCAACAAAUAAUGGAUGUCGGUGUUCGUGUCAAAAGUGUACGGCAAUAUUGCGUAAAGACCAUGCAACGAUUGAUUUCGGAUACAACUCUUUUAGAAAAUUGUAAACUUUCAGAUUCAAAUGCUGAAGUGCUUUAUGCUGCGGCAUGGAUAUCUGGAGAAUUCUGCAGUUAUUUGGAAAAUCAUGUUGAGACAAUUGAGUUCCUUGUUCAACCCGGUGUUACAAAACUUUCGCAUAGCGUUCAAGCUGUAUAUAUUCACGCAGUUUUGAAAAUUUAUUCUUAUUGGGCGAAUAGUCUAGUCUACAACUGGGAUGAUGAUGUUAAGCAAGAGUUAAUACAGAUUACUGCCAAACUGAAGGAUAAAAUUGGAAUCUUUGGUUCGUGUACAGAUUUGGAAGUUCAAGAGAGGGCAUAUAAUAUACGUGAAAUAUUUUCCAUUAUUCAUCAAAAUUUGGUUAAUGGAGAGAAUAACUUCCAAGAUGAAAAUGAAUAUUCUCCAGCGAAAGCCCCUACAAUAAUCACUGAACUUUCACCGCUUUUCUUCUCAUACGAACUCAAUCCUGUUGCUCCUAAAGCACAAAAGAAAGUCCCUAUACCAGAGGGACUUGAUUUGGAUGCUUGGAUUAAUGAGCCGCUACCAGUGUCAGAAAGUAGUGAAAGUGAAGAAGAGGAGGAAAGUUAUGGAUAUGGUUAUGGGCAGAAAAUUGGUGGAAGUGGAGAUUUAAUAUUUUCAAGUGGUAAUGGAUCCACUCGUCGUAAUGAAAGAAGGGAACGUAUUAAGAAUGAUCCAUAUUACAUUAACGAUGACAAAAAAACUCCACUGAAACUAUCAAAGUCCGAUGGGUUGCCUUCACCACGUAAAAUCGAAGAGAUUGACGUGGAUUCAAUACCAGUAGUUCGUUUAACUAUGAAUGAAUUCGAUUUCAAAUCAAAUAGAAAGUUUUCUGGAAAAUCGAAAAGGUCAAAAGGAAUUAAGAAAGCGGAUCGGCGUUCGCCUUCGCCACCAUCAAUGCCUCCAGUCAUUUAUACUGACAUUGGUGAAAUGCCGGAGAAUGCUACUAUAUCUGAUGACGAGAAAGAAGCUAAAAAUAACAAUGUUCGACAAACAGUCUGGAAUGUGUCGGAAAAGAAUGGUGGCAUUUUAGAUGUUGAUUUUUCAGGUGUUGCUAACGUGGAUUUAUCAACGCCUUUAGGAGAUGAUGAAAAGUUUCCACAAAUGAGAAGUGAAAAAUCAAAGUCGAAAUCUGGAUCAAAAGCUUCUUCAAAAAUCACAUCUAAUACUACAUCGAAAACAAGAAAUCAACGUGAGGAGAAACCUGUCAAAAAGAAGAAGGCCUCCAAGAAAAAGAAUACAGAAGAAACAGGACCUAAGAAAAAGAGUAAAAAGAAUGGUAUUCAAAAGAAAUCAAAGAAGAAAUCUGUGUCCGAACAAGUGAUAUCCGAAAACAUUCAAGAUACAAAUGGACCAUAUGAAAUCAUCAAUACUCCAGUCAAGACUUUAUUAGAUUUGGACGAUUUGCACGUUGCUUCGCGCCUUCCUUCUUAUACAUUACAUCUAGGAACUGCAACCGAAAUUAAAAAUGAACCUCCUGCCAUCAUUGCCGAUUUUACUCUUCGAAAUAAAAUAUCGGAUAAUUCAUUAAUUCAAUUAUCAUUUACUUUUGAAUCUACAUCGGACAUUCAAUUUUAUAAUGCGUCACUAGAAAUAGGUGAAUUACAAAGUAAUGAACAAAAAGAAAUACAUAUCGAGUUUAAAGUUUUGGGAAUCGUAGGUGUGCGUUUAAAUGUGUCCGGCAACGUGUCUUAUUCAACACCGUCAUUGGACGAGGAAGAGGCGAUAAUCCACAAUAUACCUAUCAAAUUUGAAUUACCAUUAUCAGUGUUUAUGCUUAAUCUUCCUAAAAUCACUCCAGAACAAUUCAGUUCAAUCGUUUCAGAAUCGUCAAAUUUUCCUUUCUCCGGAUCAACAUUGAUUCAAUUGAAUCCAACCGAUCGUACUUUUGAACAAACUUUUCAAGAUGAAUUAAUAAGAUUAACUUCUAUUGCAACUGGGACACAUAUAGUUCAAGAAAUACCUUCAGCAAUAACUAUUUACGGUAAAAGUGUACAAGGGUAUCAAGUUGCAGGAUUAGCAAAAUUAUUUAUUGAACAGAAUGUAGAGGAAAAUGAAUUAAAUAAUCAUAAUAUUAAAGCAAAUAUAAGAAUUGAAAUUAAAUGCACGGAUCAAGCAUUCAUGGACGGAUUAGUUAGAGAGAUAGAUAACAUGUUUAAAGAAAUUUUGUGA